AGAGUCGAGAAAUGCGUCCAGGAGGCUCUCUUCUGCGUGUAAUUUUUAGCUGUUGAACUCUCAACUGAAGAAUUUUUCAGGGACUUUUUUUUUUUUGGCAGCCUGGAUAUUUUAAUGGUUUCAUUUUCUUGCACUUGAUCAUUUUUGCUGAAGAAACUCUCUGGUUUCCAUCAUGGGCACUGCUAGUUUUGACCACCAUUUUGGUAUCAGUGCUCGUGUCAGUGAAAUUUCAAGAAAUUUGUCACCAAAAUUGGAUUUCUCAAGUGUAAAAUUUCCCUCUCGUGUGGAGUACUGUGGAUUAUAUUUGUCUCCAAGUUCAGCAGUCUGCUCUACUUCCAAGGAAUGGCGUGGUCAAGCAAAUGCUGUUGAUGAGAGUGGGGAGGUGGGAACACCUAUACUGGAUACAAUUGAGAGUCCAAAACACUUAAAGAAUUUGUCGUCAAAGGAACUGAAACAAUUAGCUGUUGAAAUGCGAUCAGAAUUAUCUACUGUUAUGUCAAAAAGUAAAAAGGCCUUUAAAGCCAGUCUGGCAGUUGUGGAGCUGACAGUGGCUAUUCACUAUGUUUUCCGCUCACCGGUGGACAAAAUAUUGUGGGAUGUGGAGGAACAUACAUAUCCUCAUAAGCUUAUUACUGGUAGGAGGUCCCUUGUCAAAAUGCAUAGACAAACAACUGAUCUAUCAGACUCCACACGUCGUUCUGUGAGCAUAUAUGACCCAAUUGGGGCAGGACAUGGAUGCAACAGUAUAUCUGCUGGCCUUGGAAUGGCAGUAGCUCGGGACAUCAAAGGGCAGCGUGACCGUGUGGUUGCAGUCAUAAGCAAUGAAACCACUAUGGCUGGCCAGGUUUACGAGGCAAUGGGUAAUGCAGGUUAUUUGGAUUCCAAUAUGAUUGUGAUCUUAAAUGAUAGCCGUAACUCCUUGCAUCCAAAGCUUGAGGAGGCCCCUGAAACACCAAUUAAUCCUUUAUCAACUACUCUAAGCAAGAUUCAGUCAAGUAUAUUCUUCAGGAGGUUUAGAGAACUUGCAAAGGUUUUAACUAAGCGAAUUGGCAGGGGUAUGCAUGAGUGGGCUGCCAAGGUUGAUGAGUAUGCCCGUGGUUUGUUGGGUCCUCCAGGAUCAACUCUCUUUGAAGAGCUUGGGCUGUACUACAUUGGCCCAGUAGAUGGACACAACAUUGAGGACCUUAUAUGUGUCUUAAAAGAAGUGUCAUCCUUGGACUCAAGUGGUCCUGUUUUGGUUCAUGUCAUAACUAGGGAGGAUCAGGUUGUAGAGGUAGAACGGGACCAAACGCCAGAAGUAUCGAAUCCCCUCCAAGAAGGUAUCGUUGACCGUCGAACACUUACUGAUUUUUUUGUGGAGGCUUUGGUUUCGGAGGCAGAGCGAGACGAUACUGUAGUUGCAGUUCAUGCAGGAAUGGGCAUGGAGGCAUCACUUGAGUUAUUUAAGAACAGCUUUCCUGAUAGGUUUUUUGAUGUGGGAAUGGCUGAGCAACACGCUGUGACAUUCUCAGCCGGUCUUUCAUGUGGGGGCUUGAAGCCAUUCUGUAUUAUACCUUCAACCUUUCUUCAGAGAGCUUAUGACCAGGUUGUUCAUGAUGUAGACCGGCAGAAGAUUCCAGUACGUUUUGUAAUUUCAAGCGCAGGAUUAGUUGGAUCAAAUGGUCCCACACAGUGUGGCGCGUUUGAUAUUACAUUCAUGUCAUGUUUGCCAAACAUGGUUGUGAUGGCGCCAUCCGAUGAGGUCGAGCUUGUUCACAUGGUGGCCACUGCAGCCCAAAUUGAUGAUAGACCUGUUUGCUUUCGCUAUCCUAGAGGUGCCGUUUCUAGGAUAAGUAAUGCUUUACGCUAUGGAGUCCCCAUUGAGCUUGGCAAAGGAAGAGUACUAGUAGAGGGAAAAGAUAUUGCUCUACUUGGGUACGGCUCUAUGGUACAAAAUUGUCUUAGGGCUCAAUCACUUCUCUCAAAGCUUGGUGUUGAAGUGACUGUUGCUGAUGCAAGGUUCUGCAAGCCACUUGACAUUAAGCUUGUCAGGGAGUUAUGUAAGAACCAUAGUUUCCUGAUUACCAUUGAGGAAGGUUCAAUUGGAGGAUUUGGAUCACAUGUUGCACAGUUUCUUUCACUUGAUGGACAGCUUGAUGCAGGGAUCAAGUGGCGACCAAUUACCCUGCCAGAUGCCUAUAUUGAGCGUGCAUCACCUCAGGUACAACUCGCUCAAGCAGGGUUGUCUGGGAACCACAUUGCUGCAACGGCAUUGAGUCUGCUCGGCCGCACCCUUGAUGCUCUUCUGCUAAUGUGCUAAAAUGGGUUUCCUUUGUUGUUGAUAUGCUCAAUUGGUUACUGGUGAUUCAUGUAGGAAGAGUAUAAUGUAUGUGUACAUGGAAGAAGGGGAGUUUAAUGCAGAAGCAGGUUAAACAGGGAAGCAAUGCACCAGCCUACCACCUAAAUUGCAUUUGUUUGCUUGUAUGCAUUUUUGCCAUCCUCCCGCCCUCCCCCUUAGCAAGCUAUCAUUCAUUCUCUCAAAUGCAUAUGCAUCUUGGAGACCGACAAGACAAUGCAUUAUUUUUUGCCUAAUCUUUUUGUAAAAUGCAUAGGGCGAGACUGAGCAUUUUAGAAAGCAAAACUGAUUGACAAAUGGUGAGAUAUAUUAUUUUCCUCCAAGGAGGUUGUAAA